ACCGGGCUUUCCCGUGAACACAUUUGCCAGCGUGUCGUUUCUCCAGUCGCGACAUUUCUCUAGCAUUUCGAUUUCCUCUCACAUCUAUAGAACAGGCAGACGAUUUGCAUAGAAUUAUACCAAAGUGACCUUUACACCGUUUCUCCCUAACCAUGCUCACCGUGUCCGUUGCCGUGCUGCUGGUCGUCGUUGGCCUGGUCAACAGUCAAGACGGCGCCGGCCCGGCCUCCCCGGAUCCUCAGCAGACAACCAGCGGUCCCGGCGGUGACGCCAGCGGUAGCCCCGCCCCCGACGCCUCCAACGCCACCGGCCCCGGCAACGCCACCGACCAGCCGAGCUUCGCCCAGCCCAAUCAGAAGUUCUUCCCACCCGGCUUCGACGGCCGCCAAAGUCCUGGUCAGGGGCCCGCCCAGGAGGGCGGCCAGCAGAACGACACCCGCGGGCCGCAACAGGCCAAGAUCCCGGCGUCCGUCCCGCUGAAGGACUCCCUGGUCACCUACCGGGUGCAGUGGAAGGAGCCCAUGGAUAACGGCGCCCCAGUAACUGGGUUCGAUGUCUAUUAUAAAAAGACUGAUGAAGUGGAAUUCAAGGUGGUUAACUCCGUGGCGGACUUUGCGGAUCUGCAGAAUCUGGAGAAGGGUACGAAGUAUAACGCGAUGGUGUACGCCAAGAAUGAGCACGGACAAAGUCCUCCACUAGCCAUCACAUUCAUAACCCCAACUGUGACCAACAGCACGGACGCCUGCAUCACGGAGAUUGUCGACCGCAGCGCCACCAGCAUCCUCUUCGACUUCAUCCUGCAGGACGGCAGCCAGCUGGACCUGGAGGGCUUCGAGGUGAAGUACGCGCUGGCCGAUCAGCCCUUCGAGCACGCCGCCAGCCGCUUCCUGGACCGCUGGUCGCCCUACACCAUCACGGGACUGCAGCCCAGCCAACGCUACCGCUUCCGCGUCAAUACCCGCAUCAGCGGCCGCGGCGGUUCCGGCCAGACCUGCGGCCCGGAGUUUCUGACCGAAAUGCCGGAUGUGGGUCCGCCGCUGACACCCAAGCCCGCCCUGUCCAAUCCGGUGUUUUUCGAGCUGCAGUGGGAGCCGCCCCAUGAAGCGGGAGAUGUCAAGCAUUAUCGCCUUGAUUAUUGGAUGGAUCCCCGUUACGGUGAAGCGUCGUCGCACAGCUACCAGAUGGUGGAAGGCAACAAGAACUCCUACACCCUGACGUCACUGCAGCCCUGCCAGAAGUACCAAGUGGAGAUCUCGCCGCGCGGCAAACCCAAGGGACGCCAUAACGGUCGCAACAAUGGAACCGGAGGCGCCCACGCCAAGAAGGCCACCCCGGCGUCCCGCAGCCCCGACAUGAUGAAGCUGCACUUCAACACGGGUUGCGCUAUCGUCACCGGAAGUGUGGAGAAUUCCGGAUUUACUUUGUGAUCAGCAAAAGACACGCCGGCGCAGAGCUGUUUCCAAAUGGCGGCACUAUUGAUGGACGUUUGUGUGUGUACCUUAUACUGUGUCCGUGUAAAGAGCUCGUUUCCACUCAUAAUGUUGUGUUCUUUCCAAAAGCCGCAUUUUGGCCCGUUUUCGGCCUUUCAUAUCGUUGUGGUGUUUUUGUAUUUUGUGUCUUCUUAUAGUUCUUGUAAUCUUGUUUAUUAAAAUAUGGCAAGCCCUGUCGCGUAAUUUUAAAAAUAAAAAAUGGAAGUGCAAACAGG